GGCUACGCGGAGGUCGCCGCUCAAAAGUUGAUCGGUCAAUUGUCGAACUCUGCUCUUGAUACCAUACACCACCAUGGCCAAGGCAGAAUCCUCACGAGAUGGCGCACGACGGCCUCUCAAGGUCAUCCAGAAGACCUCUGAUUUGCUCCGAAAGGGCAAGCAAAAGGCACCAGUGGAGAGAACUAUGCCAGACAGCAUCCAAGUCGAACGGUUUGCCGAGACCCGAGCGAUGGAGAUUAUGGCUUUUCAGAAUGCUAUAAGAUCUGCAGCAGAUCAGGGAAGUAGUCGCGUGUUUCAAUCUCUGCCUCGACACCUCCGCCGUCGAGCUGCCUCACAUAAUCCACGACGUGUACCAAAAAGAUUGCGGUACAAGGCUGCCCUGGAAAUUGCGCCUGGGGAUGAUAUUGCAAAGGUCCAGCGUAAGAAAGCUCGCCUAAGGGCAAAAGGGAAUCUGCACGGAGAGUCGAGGACAGAACAGUUGUUGAGACGGCAAGUCGACAAGAAAUGGCUCAGAACGCACAUGUAUCAUGCAAAGCGUUUCCACAUGACCAAUAUCUGGGGCUUCCGACUGCCCGUGACACCAACGCUCAAAUCGUUCCGACCAGCAUAUCGCGCUACCCGGCGGAAAGUGCUCGCCAUGGAUGUCAGCUAUUACGGGGUCAUACAAGUGGAAGGGGAGAGGGAGGCUGUUCUCAGACUCCUUGGACGGAUGACGGGUGGUGUCUUUGCGGGUCCAAAGUACGAGUCUGGAUCGAUGCUGGCAGAAUCCAUGCUGUAUCAUCCUGAUGAGUUCCCGUACCGUCUCAUUGGACCGGCUCAGAUCUUGUGGCAGAAAGGCUCGAAGCGACUCUGGAUCAGGCUGCACCCAUCGAUCCUCAGCGAGGUGCUAGAGGUUCUAUCCACGCACGACGCCUCCGUAUCCGACCUGAGUGACGAAUUGGGCAGCUUUGAGCUCUUUGGACCCGAAUCGGGCAAGCUCAUGAGGCGGGUACUCAGAGUCGCCGGGCGUGGUAGCUUGGAUGAUCUAGGCGAUCCCAAGCAGGUAGCCCAUGGGAGGGUGAUGGCGCUGAGGAUACAUGAUCCGAGGCUUAGUUUUCCACCUCGAACGGUCAACGAUAAGGAUACAAGGGUGUCUGAUGAUGGGGUCGUGCGGAAUGCCUAUCAAGCCCACCGUAGUGUGACUGGCCUCUGGGAGCGUUCGAAUCGCCUCUGCACUCCAAGAUACAAAAAGUCUGAUCUCGACCAACGACGCAGAGUUCAAUCCAAUCCGGGCCAGAGACUCCGCCCCACAAGCCGCGACGAUGUUAUCUCCAUUCUCAUCAUCGGCUUGACCGACCGGUAUCUCCUCCUCUUCCCUCCGGCAUGGAGCAUGCCCCUACUCCAUUCCAUCGCGCACAUCGGUACACUCAUUGGCGCGCUGCAAGAACGCCGGGCGCAUAUGCGAGAGCUUGCCGUACCGAGCUUUCCAGAACACUAUGGGGCGACUUGUCGAGCAGGCAAGAUCUGGGAGGAUGCUAAAGCUGUUGAGGAUCGCGAAAGAUGGAGUCGAAAGCCGCCGGGCAAGCGAGUCCACCGAGAGCUGUGGCAGCCCAACUGGGCAUCUGUCUUCCAACUGUCAGAGGAGGACGCGAUCAAUGGUCCGACGCUCUGGGUCUGGCCCAGUGAGCUUAAGGAACACACCGGCGAUGUCAAAGUCUUGGCAGCUUUUCGACAAGCGAGAGGUAUGUCAUCGCGAGAGAUCCACCUGGCAAGCGCAGUGAUCAACGUCAAACUUGAAAUGCCUGAACGCGGAUCCCCGGGGUCAAUGGCUGAAAUCUUGCCACUCGACGACGCCACGGUGAUAGGCUGGACAACAACAGGCAACUAUUCAAUGACUCGGGGAGGUGGCUUCGCUCUGGGUCAGAUUGCCUUGAGUGCCUGGCUCAAGCUCGACGGAAGAGUGAGGAUACGGAACCCCGGCGGGGUGUUCCGGGAGGCCCAUGUGACAGUGGUCUAGAAUGAUGAUGAUGAUGUGCACGGCAUCCUGCGCUCAUCUGAUCAAGCGUCGGUCUUGAUUGGUGAGGAUAGUGCGGUAUCCUUCCUCCUCCGUUCGCUCUCCGAAGUGGGCCAACAUCCCGAUGUAGAUGUAAAUAAAAACGUCGGGAAAGGUUGGAUUGCCACGGGACGGGUGUAGAGCAUCACGACGGAGGCAGAGGUGGGAGUAGCGCUUGUCCACACCGUGGACUCACUCGACACCCUGGACAGGUUUAUGGGCAAGCACAUCCUUGGGACCGAGACCUUCAAAGAUGCAGAGGAGUGGACAACUGCGCGAGGAUUCAAAAAGCGUGGGCACGUAUACAUACAGACAUACCUACAGCUCUCAUUGUCGUCAUCUCGUGUGCAUUGCAAUACUACGAGGGC